GAAGAGGUCAAAGGGCAACGAGGCUUGUCAACAAAGGAACCGUCAGCGGCUCCUUGAGGGGCUGGUGCUAUGGCAACGCCGCACGCCCCCGACGCCUGAGCGCGGCAGAGCUGGGGCCACGGUCCAGAGCCGGCUGCAGCGCCUUGGACAGCAGCAGCGGCCAGGCUGAGGCGGACCGUGGAAAAGAAAAUGACUUCUGCUGAGAUGCUACCAUCGAGUACCAACACUGAGAAAAUCAAAUCUGUUCAACUGCCUUCCUGUGCAAAUCCUGGCAAUCCUGUGUUUUCCUGUAUGUUGGACCCAAAGACACUCACUACCAAUAAUUUCUUGACAAACCCUCAGCUUUUACUGUUUAAAACAACUUCAAGUGAAUAUGGUGCUAUACCACCUACGUCUCAAAUGGUACCAUGUACCUACCAUCCAAAGGAUGAAACAUUUACAAAACAUUUGUUAACUUGUGGUUUGACUCAACAUAAUUAUAUAAACACUGCCAUUGACAGAAGUAGGGUAUAUGACUACCCAAAUAUGCAGCAUACUCUGUAAAAUUGUACUAUCUUACUUUUCUCACAUAUUUACUGAAAGGACUAGUCAUUUUAGCUUUGGGAAAACAAAAUGCAGGCUUGUUAUUUUUGUUGUCCAUUUUGGGAGUAAAGUGUCAAUACAUAUUACAGUAAAACACUUUUUUUACUACAAGGAUCAAAAAGGAUUUUAAGUGAGUAUUUGUUAAUAAAUUUCUGUGCAUCAACCCAUACAGGAAUAAAGUAU